AUGGAGAUAGAAGAAGGGUCAGGUCUACAUGCACAGAAAAAUAGAAUUGUGCAGCAACCAGACCCCAUUAAACCCCCACCAAACAAUAUAGAGGAAGAGAAUCUUGAGGGUAAACACAUGCAAGAGGAGGCACUGAACAGGCGCAAUGCCUGGGAGUCCAGUGUCUUCUAUUCCCUUGGCAAGGAGACCUUUUUCUUCACUGGGCAGGAGAUCAGUAUCCGAGAAACACUUGACUCUUUUGGUGCAGUCAUCUGGCCAGGAGCUGUGGCUCUCUGCCGGUACUUGGAGAAGAACCGGAAACAGGUUAAUCUGUUGGAUAAAGCAGUUCUUGAACUGGGAUCAGGAACAGGAUUGGUGUCCAUAGUAGCAAGUUUACUGGAUUUGGGUCUGUAA